AUGUCCAAAUUUUCCUGUUCAGCUCUUUAUAUAAGUAAUGAAGGAGAACGCUAAGAAGUUGUGAUUACAACUCAAUCUGGUGAUUUACAUAUAGUGGUACUUAUGUUUAUAUAAUAAUUUAAGUCAAAAGUAGGAAAUGAGUAGAUGGUUUAUUUACCUUCCAAUUCCAUGGACACAAUUCUUAGCUUUGCAAGAGAAAUUGAUGAAGGUAAAUUUAAUGUUUAUAGUAUUUAGUUUAACAGAUUGGCACUUUAGAUCUUCAUAAUCCAGAGUCACAAAUUAAGGUCUCUUUCCUUCUUAAUUUGAAAGAUAUUGAAUAAUUAUAGCUUCUAAUGAGAGGGAGACAAGUUUGUUUGGAUACUUCUAACUAUAUUGUUUUAGGAAAAUUAGCUUCUGGAAUACGUAAAUUAAGAUACUUAAUAUUAGAACUUAUAUCAACUCAUAACAGAAUCUCAGUUCAAAAAAAAGCAACUCUUACAUUGAAAGAUCCAAUUUCUAACAGCCGAUUGGUAUUUUAUAAUAUAAAAAUUAAAGGGACAAUUAAGGUAGGAGGCAAAGAUGUUACGACUGUUAAAAGAUUACCGUCAUAAAAAUAUAAUUUUAUUGGAGGAAAUCAUAACAGAUUGUAGAUCAGUAUCAAUUAUUUUGGAAUAUUGUUAAGGAGGAGACCUCUUAUAGCUUCUCUAACAGAAAAGUAUUUAAAUAGAUGUUCCUAGGUUAAUGUUAAAUCUACUUUCUGGUAAAACAACAUAUUUAAUUGUAUUUAGGUUUAAAACAUCUCCAUGAUUUAGAAAUAGUUCAUAGAGAUAUCAAGCUAUAGAAUAUUUUAUUUAAAGACUCUAAGAAUAUGGACACGUUGAAGAUAGCUGACUUUGGUUUCUCUUGUAUAAAAUCUCAAAUUUCAUUUAUCAAUCCAAGGUAUUUUUUUAUAUUACUCAUUUUUAGAUGUGGCACUCCUGGAUAUACAGCCCCAGAAGUGUUUAGUUAAUCAUGUAAGUAUGAUGAAAAGGUAGAUAUCUAUAGUGCAGGUAUCAUAUUCUACAAUAUGUAUUUCUUAAAUAAUACUUAGUUUAACAUCGAAAAAUCCUUUUGGAAAUUCUUAGAAUAUUUCUGACCUGAUCUAAACUAAUAUUGGUGGCAACUAUAAUUAGGCCUAUUUAGAAGCAACAAAGCUUAAUAAUCCUCUUGCCUAUGAUUUACUGACUAAAAUGCUCCAAAAGGAACCACACUCAAGACCCAGUGCUAAUGAAUGUCUUAAUCAUCCAUACUUUCAAAGCCAAAUGCAAAGCAAUUUUAUUAAAGAAAUGAUAAAAAUAAAAAGAAAAUUUAAAAAAUAGAAGAGAGAAACUCUAAAACGAAGCAGAAAAUGA